AUGAAGGCAUCCGUGAUGCUCUUCCUCCUUGGCUACCUCAUGGUUCCAAGUGGUGCUCGAGUCUUGGGGCGUUGCACCGUGGCUGAUAUGCUCUACAGAGGAGGCCUGGAUUAUUUUGAAGGUUACAAACUUGAAAACUGGGUUUGCCUGGCUUAUUAUGAGAGCAAGUUCAACCCCUCGGCUGUGUAUGAGAAUGAGAUUACUGGCCACACUGGCUUCGGCCUCUUUCAGAUCCGUGAGGACCUGUGGUGUGACCAUGGCAAGAAUCUCUGUGGUGUGUCCUGUUCUGAGUUACUGAAUCCGGAUUUAAAGAAGACGAUUGAGUGUGUCAAGAAAAUCGUAAAAGGAAAACAAGGAAUGGGGGCAUGGCUCAACUGGACCCGGAACUGCCAGUUUUCUGACACUCUGUCGCGGUGGCUGGAUGGGUGCAGGCUGUAG